AACUUCAUAAAACAAACCAGAAUAAUCAAAGAUAAUUUUAAAUUAAAGUUUAAAGUUGUUAUAAAGGUAUACAGUUCUCAUUUGAAAUAUAUAUUUGUACAUUAUGGAAGGCCGAAAAAGGCAAAGAUGUGUUUAUGUCACAGCCCGUCAGAAAAAAAAGCUCAUCGAACUGAUGUCAAAACAUCCAGAAUUGAUAUCUUGCAAAGUAACUCAAGAUUUUAACUAUAAAGAUUCACAGAAACUGUGGCAAAAUAUAGCAAACGAAUGCAAUGCUAUGCCUGGAGCGAGAAAAACUUGGAGGCAAUGGAGAAAAACUUGGCAUGACAUUCGCUCAAAAAUAAAGAAAAAGCAAGCUGAACCGAAUGGGGAGUUGCCAAUUUCUACAAUUAUGCUGUCUGCUGCAGAACAAGAUGCUUUAGGCAUCAAAACGUCUUCCUCUACUGAGGAUUAUCAAGAGUCAACAGAGUUUGUGCCCCUAAGUGACACUCAAAAUGACAAUUUUAAUGAUGAACUAUCUGCAGCUUCCAUAAGUGAGCCUGAAUCACCCCCUGAGCCCAAAGUUUUUAAUAUAACAGAACAAAAAUCUACAAAAUUAAAGUUAAGAGGGUCAAAGCAUAGUUCUAAACACUCAAAUAAUUGUUUUUUAAAUUGUGAUUUAAUAACUGUCCAAGAGCAAAGAAAAAUACAGAUUAAAGAAGAUUAUUUAAACUUUAAAAAAGAUUACUUGAGACAGAAGUUAAAACUUUUAAAGGAACAAACGGAAGCUCUUAAAAGUAUAGCCAAGGAACUAUCAAAUUAAUUUAAGUCAAUCCAAACUCACUUGCCCUCAGAUCUCUGUUUGUGGUUUUUGACUGAUUCAAAAUGAUACUGCUUAGUAAAAAUAACAUUUGAAAAUCAGGACUAAACCAGAAACAAAAAACUUCUAUAUUUGGAACACUUUAACAUAUAUUUGUUACUGAAAUAUUAAAAAGAUAAUAUUAGGUAAAUACAACAUUUUUUCAUUAUGUUGUAAGUGAAUGAAUAGCAAUAAAUACACAAUAAGAAUCCAGUACAAUUGCUGUAUAUUAAUUAAAUAAAUGCCUAAUAAUUAUUAAAU